AUGAAUAUUACAUUGGAUGCUUUUAACUUCCAAAUUGUUGUAAAAUAUUUUUAUUUUGAAGACGAUUUCAUUAACUCGAUCCUCAUUUGUAAGAAAUUUACAUGUAUAUUGGACAGAUUUCAAUACAACCCAAUUUCGGUGACUUCCAACAGACUAUUUCCGUACAUGGAGACACAACAUUUAUACACAGAAAAAGAUGUAGAACUCCCCGAUAUGCAGAAAUAUGUUGUGUGGUUUACUGCAAACUAUCACAACAUAAAAAACAGAUUGAAUGAUUCAAAAUACGUUUACAAGAACAUUCAAAUCACCAAAAAUUCUGAUGACCCAAACCCAAAUAUAGAAGAGUUUAAUCUAAUUCUCCAAAACAAAUAUAUCAAUCAAUAUGAUAUCGAGUAUAUCGAUACUUUUAAACUGAAACAUUUUUCUUUUCCAUCACAUGUUACUGAAAUUUUGGGCCCAUGGUUACGUCGGGAAGUUUUACUUUUUGAAAGUGUGUCUUUGUGUGAAAGCAUAAAAAGUAUUCCACACGACUGUUUUAACAAUUGCAAAGAGCUUAAAACGAUUGACUUACCAUCUACAGUUACUUCAAUUGGUGGUGGUGCGUUUUCUGGAUGCAGAAUAGAAUAUUUUACUUCGCCCAUAGAAUUAGAUGUUAUUUCAAGUGAUACAUUCACAU